AUGAAAAUUCCAUACGUUGUUUCCUCUAACACAAUAAAUGCUUAUCGCACGUCAAAUGUUAUGCAAACUUCUACUGGAGAAGCUACACGCAAAAUUAUAGCAGAGGACUUUGAGUGGGAUGAUAAUGUCACUCCUGCACCGCUUAGUUAUUUUGCAGCUGUCACCCUCUCCAGGGUUUUUGAUAAAAUCAAUCCUCUCAAUAACAUACUCAGAAAGGAUGUAGACAUCCUAAUGGAUUUAUAUCCGGCUGAUAUACCUCUAAAAUUCAGCGUUCCUUCUAUAAAGGAUGAACAGUACUGGAAGAGAUCAUUUUACACUAAAUUUCCUUCUCGCAUAGAGCUUGGGGUAUCUUUCUGGAAAGGGAAGUUCCUGUCAACUUCUCUACAAGAUUACUUGGAGAAUGCAAAUCCUGAUCUUUUUAUUGAAGAUGAAGCUGUUGAGUUGGCCGCACUGGUGAGCCCUUAUAUUUAUGAAUUAAGAUUGAACCAAUUGCGAAUGGUACGUCAACCUACUCCAGCUGUACCUGAUGAUAAUUCAAUUGAAGAUACUUGUGCCUUUAGUGUUCCUAAAUUAUACGAUCACAUUCCACUAGAACCAGUUUUAAAAAAGCUGUAUAACCUCCAAGAAAUAUCUCUUGUUUUUGGUGUUUGUAACCUCGAAGAAGGCUAUUUACCAAGAUACUUUGAAUUUUCUAUUAAUGAUUGCGAAUCUUUAUGUAAAGGCCUAGCAGAUUUGGUUAAUUUAAAAAUAUUUCGUAUCAAUCGCAGUAAUUUGGAUUGUUCAAAAGUGAAGGUUAUACUGCAGAACCUUGUCAAAAAAGAAACUAUUGAGGAGUUGGAUUUUAACCACUGUAAAAUCGGUGAUUAUGGAAUGAAAGCAUUAGGUGGUUUUAUAUUUGUGCAUAAAAACGUUAAAAGGGUCCGAAUAGCAAAUAAUAGAUUUAAUGAAACUGGUGUUCAAGGUAUUGCUUAUGCUUUGCAAAUGAACCCUGCAGCACCAAUAGAACUAUUAGAUUUCAGUUUAAAUCCUAUGUCACUUGAAUGCGCUACAAUUUUCGCCGCAGCAUUUGUACGUUGCAAAGAAAAACCUCAAACAUUGAUUGUUAAUUCUUGUGGAUUUAAAGGAGCAUCAGCCGAGAAGAUGACUGGACUACUUAGUUUAAAUAGAGGUUUGACCAGAUUGGACAUUGCAGCAAAUGAUUUAUCAGGUGAAGCCGAGGAAACCUUGCUUCGCACCUUGGAAAAGAAUAAAAAGAUUUUAACCAUUGACUUGAGGAGAACUCACAUAUCAGAAGGAACCCAAGCUAAAGUUAAUGAAUUACUCGAACGUAACAGAGGCCUAAUAGGACAAGAAACAGAAGCCAGCGAUGAAAUACCACCUCUGUAUCUUAAUGAACCAGAGUACCUCAUAUGGGAGUAUAACCCUAAUAAUCCCGACUACAUACCUGGCCGGUAUCCAGAAAGAGUACCAGAAGUUUAA